AUUAUUCGCGAGUAAUUCAGCGGGCUGGAUCUCUGUGUCACGUCAAGCGAUCGCACAAAUGCGAAAACCCAAGUCACAACAGUCACUGUUGACUACAGUAUGAACUUCGUCCAAGCUUCGGGUCCGCGCAGAUGCAGCAGCCCGACAAAGUUCUCGUAUCGGACCGGCCGGAAGCAACCACCACAAAUCGAUCGACUUGGGGAUGAGUUUGUGGCAGAGAUGCUGUAUCCUCUCUGCCUGCAGUUUGUAUGCUUUUUCGGGACACACACCGCACCGCUAAUAUUUGUCUGUCCGCUCCGAGAUUGGAGAUCACGGGCGGUGGCUAUCGCGGUAGUGCGUACAGAUGAACAGCGGACUUCGGAUCGUUCCAUCGCUUACGAUAUCCCAGAUCCCCAUUCGAGGUUGGGCACGCUGCAGAGAGUAGCUGGCAAAGCGACUUGACCGUGAGCUGGGGCAUGGCUGCCGACUGCAUUCAGUCUCGGAGUCUGAGUUCAAAGCCUUCACUCGCCACACCAGCACUCAAGACUCAGGCUCGACUCAUUCUUAGAUCAAGACCUCCGACUUAGCGCACGUAAGAAUCGAAAAGCUUGAUCAAUGAAUGAUGCUGCGUUGCAGACCGACCCC